UGGCUGAGUUAUCAAUGAACGAUAUCUAUCAAGUCGAUCUAACAUAGAUAUGUUUAAACAUUUAACACGGCUCAUGUCACCACAUGAUCUGACAUGUCAUCAUCGGUUCGCUUACAAUCUGUGCGUUACAACUUGUGACUGCAAAAGAAAUUAAACAAAGGCAAAUUGGAAGAUUUUUCAAUGGAAGCCAAAGCAAGAGAUUUGGUUUUAAUGGAAGAAAAAUACGAGGCACUCAAUCAGGAACUCUAUGAAGUGAAGAGGAAAGUUGAAGUCAUGGAUAAAGUAAUAUCGGAAUAUGAAAGUGAAUUGUCAUUUUUAAGUGACCAAAGAAGUGAAGACCAAUCAAAACUAAAGUGUACAAAAAACGAGUUAGAGUAUGCAACAUCAAAGAUACAAGAACUAGAAUCCUUACUGGAAGAGGAGAAAUUAAAUAAUCAUAUGUUAAGAAUAGAAAUAAGUGAGAGAAAAGAUAAAGUUAAUGAUGAAAAAGUAGUAAAUGCUCCUAAUGAAGAGGAAAUAACUGGUUUUAAAGAGCAAAUACAAAAGUUAGAGUCAGAGCAAGAGGAUUCACAAAUAAAAAUUAACAAACUUGUAGAAGAAAAUAGUGAAUUGGUAGAUGCUAAUUGUCAGCUGAAACGUGAAAGGCAAAUAUUGCAAGAUGAAUUAACUGAAAUUAAGGAGCUUCUUCAGCAGAAAACUAAUGAUCUACAAAAUGUCAAAACAUCUCUUGAGAGUGUCAGAGAAGAGAAAGCAUUACUGAGCACUGAAAUGCAAGUUCUGAAGGCUGCUGACACACAUGCUCCAAGAGGCAAUUCUCUAUUCGCUGAGGUGGAAGAAAACCGACAGAAAAUGGCUGCCCAGAGAGAGCUAUUAAAAAUGAAAUACUUAAAUCUAAAAAAAGAGCUUAGCCAAAAGCAAUCUGAAAACAAUAAAUUAAAGUUGGAGAUUAUUAAAUUUCGUAGAGAAGAAAAAGAGGACGACAAGAACAUUCAUCGAGAGUAUUCUGAACUUAUUCGUACUUAUAAAGAAAGAGUUUCAGAACUUGAGAAAGACUUAAGAACAUUGCAGCAGCGGAACGAUCAACCUAUUGUAUUCUCUGGUGAAUUCAGCACUCAGCUACAGUGGUGCAGCACCACUAUAGAGAACACUAGGAAAGAAGUUAGAACUUUACAGGAACAAUUAGAACAAAGAGGUUCCAAUUAUGUGUCCCAAGGGAAUCAACUGUUCGAGUCCCAGAAGGAGAACCGAAAGUUGAAAAGAAUCAUAUUAAGAAUGCAAUCCGAGAUUGAUGAGUUACGAUUACAGUUGGAUACGCUAAAAGCGGGCAAUCAAAAUGUAGAAGAUGGAAUCUCCCCACCAGCUAUAGAUGUUAUUAUAGAAUAUAAAAAACAGAAGUGUGUUCAAUUUCAGAAGGUUUUACAAGAACGUAGUGCAACAAAAGUAAAGGAAGACAAUGAUAAAGAAAACUAAUAAGCAUUUCAUCUACAUUCACCUCUAGAACUCAAGAUAGUAGUUGUCAUUGUCUAAUAUUAAAUUUGUACUGCUCAACAAUGUGCACUUUGAGUAUUUUUAAAUAAUAAGUUAUAAUCAACUCAAAGUGAAGAUAGUCCAUUGAAAAUACUAUAUUGUACAUAUUGUAUUUUAAAAUAUUAUUCGCUAUUCAUAUGUAUAUUUUGUAAGAAGAAUAUUUAUUGACUUCUAUUGUGUAUUAGUAUCUCAUAUUUUUAAUAAACCUAUUUACUAUUUUUUAAA